ACGCCCCCGGCGGUGGCUGGCAGCGCGCAGAGCGUCGUCGUCGUCGUCUGGUCCGCUUCACGACACGUGGGCAGCACCGUCUCGAGAGCGUGUCGCGCAGUGAACUGCUUUCCGACACUUGGUUGGGCUGAGACUCGAACCCAGAUCCUGCUGGAGGGUUCGUCCCUUCGCACCGCCCUUGAGUGGGCUCGGUCACCGACUUGUGUCUCCUGUGUCUCCUGCGUCUUUCUUUGUCUCCAGAGCAGGGUGACAUGCCCCGCCGAAAGAAGGGCCCCCCUGCCCCCCUGCCCCAGGGCUGGACUCUCACUGACAGCGAGAAGAAGAGCUGGCGCCUCGGACCCAUUGUCGGCCAGGGCGGCUUCGGCCUCAUCUACCUGGCCUCGCAACGCCUGGACGCGCCCGUGUCCCCGGACUCCGGCUUCGUCAUUAAGGUGGAACUCGCCGAGAACGGCCCUUUGUUCACCGAGCUCAAGUUCUACCAGAGGGCUGUGAAACAGGAGAGCUUGCACAAGUGGAGGACGUCCCACCGGCUAGAUUUCCUGGGGAUCCCGGCAUACUGGGGCUCUGGACGGUCUGAGUACAACGGCACCUGGUACAGGUUCAUGGUGGUGGAGCGGCUGGGCAGCGACCUGAACAAGGUGUGUGAGCGGAACGGGGGGAGGCUCAAGACCGAGACGGUGCUGAAGCUGGGCUGUCGCUUGCUGCACGUGCUGGAGUUCAUCCACGAGAAGGAGUAUGUCCACGGCGACAUCAAGGCUGCCAACCUGCUCCUUGGUUACAGGGACCCCAGACAGGUGUACCUGGCCGACUACGGGCUCUCCUACAGGUACUGUCCGGACGGGCUGCACAAGGAGUACAAGGAGGACCCAAAGAGGAGACACGACGGCACCAUCGAGUACACGAGCAGAGACGCGCACAAAGGAGCGGCAAACUCGCGGCGGGGCGACCUGGAGGUGCUGGGCUACUGUCUGCUCCACUGGCUGUGCGGGACUCUCCCCUGGAGCUCGCUGCUCAGGAACCCGCUGCUCGUUCAGGAGGCCAAAACCAGCCUGAUGGCAAAGCUUCCCCACUCGGUGCUGGAGCUCUCGGGUCCUGGAGACGGCAUGGCAGCGGUCGCCCUGUUCCUGCAGCACGUGAAGCACUUGGACUACAAGGACAAGCCUGACUACCAGUACUUGCGAGACGUCCUGGUAGCACGUGUGGUGCGAAAGGACGAGCUGCUGGACUUCUCAAGGCCGGAAGCAGAGCAGCAGCAGCAGAAGGGGAGGGCACGUGAGAAGAACAACUCGGGUUUUGGAGAGACCGCCUCCCCAAGAGCAGCCAGAGUGCGCACUGCUGCUAGAGGAGCUAGCAGACCCGGAGCACUACCUGCAGAUGGGAAGGAGACGGAGGCAGAUGCUGGAGACCAGUGGGAAUCCGCAAUCCUGCAGCGCCACAAACGGACUAAAGUGGUGCCCCCAGCAAGGCCCUUGCAUGCGCCCUCUGGGCAGUCGCCAGUGACAGAGAAGGCUAAAACAACACAGGCCAAACGUGGGGUCAGAUGGGCCAAAGCAGAACGAAUAGCCAACGCUCAGGAUAAUGACUGGUGGACUGAGGACUCUGAACAGGAGAACCACCAGAAGCAGAGCCUACCUGAGUCCAGGUGGUGCACCGCGGAGGAACACAGAGGAUGCUAGGAGAAGAAUAUUAAUUAUACGAAAAUAUAUCCACCCAUCCAUUCAGAGGCAGCGCGUGGAGUGCUCUGCUCCAAGCAAGAGGCAUUCAGGGAGCAUCCGGGGAUGCUGAGGAUCAACGUUCAG